AGGUUUGAAAGAAACUUUUGGACUGUGAAUUGAGGCAUUUGACUCAAGAUGGCCUCGCCAGCAGACAGCUGCAUCCAGUUCACCCGCCACGCGAGCGAUGUCCUCCUCAAUCUCAACCGCCUUAGAAGCCGGGAUAUCCUGACUGACGUCGUCAUCAUUGUGAACCGGGAGCAGUUCCGAGCCCACAAAACAGUCCUGAUGGCCUGCAGUGGUCUCUUCUACAGCAUCUUCACUGACCAGCUCAAGUGCAACCUGAACGUCAUAAACCUGGACCCUGAAAUUAACCCUGAGGGGUUUUGCAUUCUCUUGGACUUCAUGUAUACAUCCCGCCUGAACUUGAGGGAGAACAAUAUCAUGGCUGUGAUGGCCACAGCACUGUACCUGCAGAUGGAGCAUGUGGUUGAUACCUGCCGAAGGUUUGUCAAGUCUAGUGAAGCAGAGAUGGUAUCUGCUGUGAAGGCCCCAAGAGAAGAGUUUUUGGCUGGACGGAUGCUGAGCCACCCAGAGGUGAUGGCUUAUCGGAGCAGAGAGGUCUCGGAGAACGGCAUGCCUCUCCAAAAUGGGUCCCUCUGCAAUGGGAGGGCCUUUGCACCUGGCUUGAUCAAUAGUUUGUCUGGAUCCCCCAUUUCCUACCACGGAUACAGCCCUCUCCCUCUAAAUAGCUUCCUUGUGGAUGAUGAGUUGCGGGAGAUGAGGAUGCCUCUCUCUGAACUCUCGAGGGCAGGUGCUUUCCCCAAGGAGAGGAUCCUGCCAUGCGACAGCUCCAGGACAAUCCCCACCGAGUACAUGAGAACCAUUACCGACAUCUCGGCCAACAUGUGCCAUGCCACCAUCUAUGCUCCGAAAGAAGGUGCUGCUGAAGAAGCCAGGAGCGACAUGCACUACAACGUAGCCUCUGGCCCCAAACCCGUUGUCCCUUCGAUCCGGAACAAUCCCUAUUUCUCUUGUGACAAAGUGGCCAAAGAGGAGGAGCGGACCUCUUCAGAGGAUGAGAUCAGCCAGCACUUUGAGCCCACCAACACCCCCCUGGACCGCAAGGGACUUAUCAGCCCUCAGAGCCCCCAGAAGUCAGACUGUCAGCCCAACUCGCCAACCGAAUCCAGCAGCAGCAAGAACGCCCGUAUCGGUCAGAACUCUAGCUCCCUCUUCACCAAGAGCCCCACAGAUCCCAAAGCCUGCAACUGGAAGAAGUACAAGUUCAUCGUCCUAAACUCUCUCAAUCAGAACACCAAGCAAGACAGCACUGACCAGAAUGAAAUGGGAACCCUCUCUCCUCGCACCUACAUGCCAAUGUCCACUUGCCAGCAGUCCAUGGAGCCGGAGCAUCUCAACGUGCAAUCACCCACCAAGAUGAGUGUGAAUGGAGAAGACUCUACUAUCCCACAAGCAAGCAGACUCAACAAUAUCGUUAACAGGUCUCGGGAUGGGUCCCCUCGGAGCAGCGAAGGACAGUCCCCACUGUACAUGCAUUCGUCGAAGUGCAGCUCCUGUGGCUGCCAGUCCCCACAGCAUGCUGAGAUGUGCCUUCAUACCCCUGGCUCAAAUUUUGGAGAAGAGAUGGGGGAAACCCAGUCUGAAUACUCUGACUCCAGCUGCGAGAACGGAGCCUUCUUCUGCAACGAGUGCGACUGCCGGUUCUCCGAGGAGGCCUCUCUCAAGAGACACUCUCUCCAAGUCCACAGUGACAAGCCCUACAAGUGUGACCGCUGCCAGGCCUCCUUCCGCUAUAAGGGCAACCUUGCCAGCCACAAAACUGUCCACACAGGAGAAAAGCCGUACCGCUGCAACAUCUGCGGGGCACAGUUCAACCGGCCAGCCAACCUGAAGACCCACACGCGCAUCCACUCCGGAGAGAAGCCCUACAAGUGUGAGACCUGCGGGGCCAGAUUCGUCCAGGUGGCCCACCUCCGUGCUCACGUGCUCAUUCACACCGGGGAGAAGCCGUACCCCUGUGAGAUCUGCGGCACACGCUUCCGGCACCUGCAGACCCUCAAAAGUCACCUUCGAAUCCACACAGGAGAGAAACCGUACCAUUGUGAGAAGUGCAACCUGCAUUUCCGCCACAAAAGCCAGCUGCGGCUCCACCUCCGGCAGAAGCACGGGGCCAUCACCAACACCAAGGUGCAGUACCGCAUCUCUGCCAGCGAGGUGCCCCCGGAGCUCCCCAAGGCCUGCUGAAGGCAGAGGCUGGCCAGGAGGAGGUCGGCUUGGCGAGGGGAGAAGCUGUCCAAAGGAUACUUGCAACACUUUAGAAGA